AUGAUGUUACUAGCUAUUCUUCCCGAUUCCAGCAAAAGUGGCCUUGCAUAUAAACCAGAAGAAAUUCAAGCUUCUCAAAAAUACCAACAUCCUUUCGACAACGAUUCUGAUAGAACCGACCAUACGGGUUCACAAAUGGCAGAAAUUUUUGGCGUGAAGUCUCAAUCUAAUUCAUCAUGUCAAUCUAAUACUGGCAUAAAAAUUGCUCCACGAAGUAUACCUCCGUCAGCAGCACCAAAUGCUGCACGUGAAGGGGUUGGAAUGGCUGAGCGGUUCGGUUUAAUUCAAGUUCAACAAUCUUAUGCUGGAGGUGAUAGUGAUGAGAUCUUCGAUGUAAAGUCUAAAGCUACUGAGUCUUCAGAUAUGUGGCGAAAUGGCAUUGGGCCACGUGUUAGAUAUGAGGGUGUUGAACAUGCAAACAAGAAUUGUGGGAUAUUAAACAACAGUAAUUUACAUUCCAUGCUACCCGAUCCUCCACUAAAACAAAUUCCACGAGUUCGACCAGAAGCAUUGGAAAUAUGUGAAUCUCAUCGUGGUGAAAUGUGUAACCUAUUAUUAACUAAGUGAGUUAUUAAAUUUUAUAAAAUUUUGUCUCGCCCAUCAC